AUGUCUGCCAGCAAAGCAGAAAUCUCCCUUCCUCAGUAUAUUCAACCAAUACCACUCAGAAUAAUGAGAGAAGACUUGGACUAUUUGCAAGCCAAAGGCGUCUUUUCGAUACCUGAAGCGACCUUUCGAAACGAGCUAUUACGAUGUUACGUCCAAUAUGUCCACCCCUACCUACCUAUCAUCGAUCUUGGAGAGGUUUUAACCACCAUCGAGAAGGAUCAGCCCAACGACAGCAUUAGCCUUUUGCUGUUCCAAGCCGUCAUGUUUGCGGGAACAGCUUAUGUUGAUAUGCAAUAUCUGGUAGCUCAGGGAUACAUGACAAGGAAGGCAGCACGGAAAGCAUUCUUUCAGAAGGUCAAGCUACUAUAUGACUUCGAUUAUGAGAUAGAUCGCGUCACAGUCGUUCAGAGCGUCUUGCUGAUGACCUACUGGUACGAAAAUCCAGAUGACCCAAAGGAUGCAUGGCAUUGGCUUGGUGCUGCAAUCUCGGUUGCACGUACCAGCGAUCUAAACUGUGAUAUAUCUGACGCACGAACGAUAAAUCACAAGAAGCGGUGCCUUUGGAAACGAAUUUGGUGGUCAUGCUUCAUGCGAGAUCGCUUGAUUGCAAUCGGCAUGCGCAGACCUACGCGGAUUGAUGAUGGAGACUUUCAUGUCUCGAUGCUUGAUAUCUCGGACUUUGAGACCGAGGCACUCCCACAGGAGGUCAUUCGAAUGCUAGGUGGAUGUCUCUCAGUGAGGGAUACGUCAAACCGAGUAACGUUGGCAAACAUGUGUAUAAGCCUCACUAAGCUGUGCAUCUGCAUCACCCAGGUUCUGGCUGUCCAGUAUUCCACGCUUGGGCACAAAAUCGGGGCUACUCAGGAAACAACCAUGAGACUCGUGCCAAAGAAAUGUGCAACAGAACCCAGUGAUGUGGUCCGCUGUGAUGCGCAGCUUGAUCAAUGGUACGAAGAUCUACCUAAUAAUCUUCACUACUUUGGUCCCGAUUUCCGAGUACAGAAACCUACCAAUGAUGGCGAGGUGAUCAAUUUACAUCGAGCCUUACUCUCCGGAGUCUAUCUUACUGCGAUCAGCGCCCUACACCGACCUCAAAUCUUCCCAUCGACUACCAAUGUGGUGAUCGCGCCUGAACUCCGAGAAAUGUCCAGAAGAAAGGUUCGUGAAGCGGCGAACAACAUUACCAAAAUGUACAAGGAACUAUAUGCACAUGAUUUGAUAAGAUACCUACCAAAUACUGGAGUCACAUGUUUACUCCCCGCCAUCAUUAACCACCUCUUGGAUAUCAAGUCCACAGAUUCCAAAACCCGGCAGUCAAGCAUUCGGAAAUUCCAAUUCUGUAUGCAGACCUUGCAACGGUUACGGGAGGUGUACGCCUCUGCGGAUUUUGCAUUCUCGUUCUUGAAUGCCGCGGUCCGCAAGACCAAUGCAGAAGCAUCGACAGAUGUGUCCAUGGCUGGUGCUCCUAGAAUAAGACCACAGUUGACGACCGUUCAGCCAAGGAUGGAGAAGAGGAAGAUCUCACGGACGAAACCACUCCUGUUGACACCUCCACCGGAAGCAUUGCAGACAGCCAAUUUGCCCCUCCUGAACUCGACUCUGGCACCCGGGGAGAAUAAUUUCCUUGCAGAAUUGAGGCCGCCAGGGUCUGGUGCGAGCAUGAUCUCCUACACGACAGCGGCCGCUGCUGUUGCACACCUUGAUGUUGGAAACACUUUAGAAAAUGGCGAUUCGAACGAGUUUGAUGAUCUAUGCCUAUUCAACUUGGAUGAUAUUAUCAAGCUCAAGGGUGGCCCAGAAUUGUUCCCGACGAAAGAGGAUGGUGUUGAUAUGCAUAUUCAAUGGUUGGAGGACCUUGAUGCCGAUGUAUUUGAUACCGACAACAAGGAGUUCUCGCUAGACGGAACAAGCAGUGAGGACAAUCUAUCGAUGUGCCCAGGUUAUGUCGAACAAGCACUCAACGUAACGGGAGAGCUUGAUCUGGAUCUCAGGUUAACGGAGGAAUUUUAA